AGUGUGGAAGAAACCCCGGGAGGUCUCAAGCGAGCCUGAGCUGCACAAGCGUUGUCCGGGUUCGCGGUUCCCACGCCUGACCUCGGGUGCUCCAACGUGCUGGAAUGACAGAAGCUUGUACAGAGCUGGAGAUGGACCGCAAACGCUCUGACAGCUGAGCCACUUCCCCGGCUGGUGCCUGAGUUAUUUGUUUGUUUGUUUGUUUGAAGAUAUCUCGGGCUGUCCUCAAACUCAGUGACUUUCCUGCAUCACCCAUCUCUGCUGGGGUUACAAGUGGCCACAGGAUGGAGGAAGGUGAGGAUCCAGGAAGCCUGAUUAAAGUGGUCCACUUGCUGGUCUUGUCUGGUGCCUGGGGCAUGCAGAUGUGGGUGACCUUUGCCUCAGGCUUCCUACUUUUCCGGAGUCUUCCUCGGCAUACCUUCGGGCUAGUGCAGAGCAAGCUCUUCCCAGUCUACUUUCAUGUCUCCUUGGGCUGUGCCUUCAUCAACCUCUGCAUCUUGGCUCCACAGCGAGCCUGGAUCCACCUCUCAUUCUGGGAAGCCAGUCAGCUCGCUCUACUGCUCCUGAGCCUCACACUGGCCACUAUCAACGCACGCUGGCUGGAGGCCCGCACCACGGCUGUCAUGUGGGCCCUGCAGACUGUGGAGAAAGAUCGAGGCCUGGGGACAGAGGUGCCAGGCAGCCACCAGGGCCCUGACCCCUACCGCCAGCUGAGGGAGAAGGACCCCAAGUACAGUGCUCUUCGCCAGAAAUUCUUCCACUACCACGGUUUGUCUUCCCUCUGCAACCUGGGCUGCCUGCUGAGUAAUGGGCUCUGCCUUGCUGGCCUCGCUCUGGAGCUCCAGAGACUUUAACACAGGCCUCGUGUGCCAAUAAAUGCUUCUUUGGA